AAUUUCGCUUUGUUUAGAGCCAUUCUCUCCGGUGCUCUCUAUCCAAAUGUGAUUCGAUUGGGUGAACGUGAUCGUAACGGUGUGGUUCGUCGUCCAAAGUACUUAGGUCGUCCUUCAGAAGGAGUAUCUGAAAUUCACUCGAAGUCCGUCAAUGCGAUGGUCUGGCCGAAAGAACCCUUGUGGAUGGUCUACUUUUCAAAGACUCGAAUGGAGAACAGCUCACGCCCCACGAUUGCCGAUUCGACCAUCGCAACUUUGCGAGAUCUCCUUCUUCUUGGUGGCCCACUGUCCAAAUGCCAAGAAGGGGAUUGCGCUUUGAUUGUUGGCGAUUGGAUCCAAAUUCAGGCGGAGUCGAAGGUUGCCACUUUGCUCAAGGAAUUGCGCGGUAGCCUUGAUCAGUUGCUACUGAGGAAAUUCAACCGACCGAGCACCACUUAUUGGGAUCCAAGCUCUGAUGAGGGCCGUCUGUUACACAUGGUCCGUGAUCUCCUUGUCACUCAGCCAGCUCCGCGAGUACACAACAAAUUGUUCAAUGCUGACCCUCACUCCAGUGAUUUGAGCACUAGCGGACGGGCACCACAGCCAUUACAGUCGAGUGAAGAUAGCGACUAUGAGUAA